UCAAAAAUGUCUGUUUAGUAUGGGAGGCAUAUAUGUAUGCGAAUAUAAAAAUGCCACUAUACUGUUUUGCAUUGUUUCUGCCUAGUUAACUGAAGACGUGGGUGUCACGUGUGUAUUUAGCUGGGAUCGCGUUUGGAGAAACCCGAAGACUUGUCAUGUCCGACAAGGGUCCCAAACUGAAGCUGAAGAGGAAGAAGUGUGCAGCUCAGGAGAGCAGCUUUGCGACAGAGAGCAAAGCACCGCGGCAAAGCGCCUCCCAGGCCGGUGCCGCGGCGAGCACGAUGCCUGCCGCACAUGAUGCAUGGUGGGAUAAGGCCGACCUCCCGGGGAUGGAGCAGCUGUGGGCAUCUGUCUUGAAGGCUGCUGUCCCCCAGCUGGGGCAGGACAUCUGGAAGGCUGUGCCCGUCCUUCCUGCAGCUCCUCCGCCGAGGCCGUCAGACGGCGAGAGCGCUGGGUGCCGGUGGUGCUGCCGCCUUUCUGACGCGGUGGCUCCCUUCCCCCCGGUCGCUAAUCCGCAUGUCCGCCCCGUCACCAGCACGGACAUCUGCACGCCCAGCAGUCCUCUGCGGCCGGCUGAUUCCGGGCCAGAUCUGAGGGAAGACGGGAGCGCGCGGCAGGCCGGCGAUUCUGCUGGCCGGCAGGUGCGAGGAGAGGAGGUGGCGGGGGGCGGUGGCCUCCGUCUGGACACAGAGAUGGGGCGGCGGCCCCCGGCCUUACGGGAGACGGCGGCGGCCGUGGGCGGGAGCCCAGGGACCGCAGGGGCGGCCGCGGGCGAGAGAUGCUCGCAUGGUAUGACUGAGAGCGGCCCGGAGACGAUCCCUACGGGGCUGCGGAAUGAGUCCGAGUGCCUGGAGGCUGAUGGGAAUCUGAGAGGGGCCGCCGGCUUGGCAAGCUGCCCCCUGUGCACCAUACCGUUCCCUGCCGGGUUCAGCCAGAUGGACUGCGAUGGACACCUCGCCAAAUGCCUCUCCGAGAUGAAUGAAGACGUCACAUGGUGAUCCAGUCUUUCGGUUGAUUCAUUCUCCCGUUCUGCUUUCUCCACGCCAAUCUGAAGAUUGUGUUUGCAAGUAUUCCAGUUCAUUGUGUCUUUACUGUAUCGCUAGCGCUGUAGAGUUCGGAAUUUGCCGUUCUCAGUGUCAAACAUGGAGUCAGACAGCGAAACUGUUCAGAAACUGAACAUCUUACCAAGAAGAUUCAAUUACCAGGUUGGAGCCAUGGAAGGUUAUUUCAAACUGCAUCAUAUCAGUAGACGUUCCACUAUAAAAUGGGCACUGAACUGGAAAAUUUUAUCUGUACAAUCUGCUCUUGGAUGUCUGGUGGCUAAAUACACCAAGAUGAAAAAAAAUGUGAAUCCA